AUGAGGCUACUAGAUAUUAGGUUUACCUGCAAAGGUCGCGGGGAUACUGCGUCAGCUGACACAUCGGGAGCUGACAAACGGCAACCAGGUGCAGGAAGUACAACCAACAGGACACAGCGCGAGUCUCGACGAGAGUCAGCGUCACGGAGUGGUCAGGGUCCACUCCAAUGUGAUGUUUGUGAUAGACGUUUUAAAUUUAAAUCAGAUUUUGACCGACAUUAUAGAACUCACACUGGCGAAAAACCUUAUGAAUGUUACGUGUGUCAACGCAGAUUUAAUGAGAGGAGUAAGUUAAAAAGACACCUUAGAACUCAUACUGGUGAAAAACCUUAUGAAUGUGACGUGUGUCAACGUCGAUUUAAUGUAAAGAGUAAUUUAUUAAAACACCGUAGAACUCACACUGGCGCAAAACCUUAUGAAUGUAACGUGUCUCACCGCAGAUUUAAUACGAGGAGUAGUUUAAAAAGACACGUUAGAACUCAUAUUGGUGAAAAACCUUAUGAAUGUGACGUGUGUCAACAUCGAUUUGUUCAGAAGAGUGAUUUAACAAAACACAGGAGAACUCACACUGGCGAAAAACCUUAUGAAUGUGACGUGUGUCAACGCAGAUUUAAUGAGAGGAGUAAGUUAAAAAGACACCUUAGAACUCAUACUGGUGAAAAACCUUAUGAAUGUGACGUGUGUCAACGCGGAUUUAAUGAGAGGAGUAAGUUAAAAAGACACCUUAGAACUCAUACUGGUGAAAAACCUUAUAAAUGUGAUGUGUGUCAACUCAGAUUUAAUGAGAGGAGUAAGUUAAAAAGACACCUUAGAACUCAUACUGGUGAAAAACCUUAUGAAUGUGACGUGUGUCAACGCAGAUUUAAUGAGAGGAGUAAGUUAAAAAUACACCUUAGAACUCAUACUGGUGAAAAACCUUAUAAAUGUGACGUGUGUCAACUCAGAUUUAAUGAGAGGAGUAAGUUAAAAAGACACCUUAGAACUCAUACUGGUGAAAAACCUUAUGAAUGUGACGUGUGUCAACGUCGAUUUAAGGUGAAGAGAUAUUUAACUAAACACCGUAGAAAUCAUACUGGUUUAUAA